AUGAAUGGAGUGGACCAUGCCAUCCACCUGGAUGAGGAGGAGAGUCACCGACUCUCUGGUCUAGCCAAUGAGGCUUUGAACGAUGCACUCAGCCACCUGGACAGGUUCAGUAGUGGACAUGGCUCGAAUGGCUGGACAGAGUGCGGCUCGGACGGAGACGUUCGGCUGUUUUCCCAGAACGUCGGUGCGAGUUUACCCAUGUUUCUUGGCCAACUGACAGCAGACUCGCAAUGCAGCGUGGCUGACCUGACGGCUGUGCUCCUGUCCGAUGCAUGCCGGCGAUUCUGGGACCCGAGCUAUUUAGCCAGCCAUCUGCUUGGCACGUGCGGCGAGAACAACAGGUGCGCAGUCCUUUGCACCGAGCAAAAAGGGUCUCCUGUCAGUGGUGAGGCGAUGUGGACGCACGUGUGCACCGCCCGGCAUGUCUCCAGGGAGCAUGGUGAGCGCAUCACCUACGCUGCCACCUCCGUUCCAGGGGAUUUCAGAAGGAAACAUCAGGGGACCUUGGCUGCCUGGGGGGAUAAGAAAGAGCUGAUCACAAAGAUGUGGGCGAUGGAUGUACUACGCACGACGGACCAGGUGAGCGACUUUCAACAGCUUACCCCAGUAGGCGCGGAGUGCGGGAACGAGAGGAGACCGAAUAUCAGCACUUGGAACUGGCAGGUAUGGAAGGGUGGCAUGAUGAGCUGGUUUGCCCUGCGCUUUGACAAUGAUUUGGCUUUUGGUGCCCUCCCAACCAAUGCGCCAGUCGCCGAAGCCUAUCCCUGCUUGGCUGAAGACCAAGAUGGCGGGGAAUCAGCGGCCAUAAGCGCGGUUUUGCGUGACCGGGGUGUGGUGCCGGCGACCAUCGGAAUACUGAAGGGGCGCGUGCAUGUUGGAAUGAAUGCCGAUCAGCUCGAGGCCCUGGCAAAGCUCGGCCUGGAAUGCCGCAAGGUCAGCCGGAGAGACAUUGCAGCAGUACUAGCCAAGCGCCAGGAUGGUGCAACCACCGUGUCUUCCACUAUGGUUUUCGCCAGCAAGGCUGGAAUACCCAUCUUCGUGACCGGGGGAAUUGGUGGAGUACACCGAGGGGCAGAUGCCACGUGGGAUGUGUCGGCUGACCUGACGGAGCUUGGGCGAACUCCUGUUUGUGUUGUCUGCGCGGGUGCGAAAAGUAUUCUGGAUCUUCCCAGGACGUUGGAAUUCCUGGAAACGCAGGGUGUCUGCGUGGCUGGCUACAGGACCAGUGACUUUCCCGCCUUCUUCACGCCGCGGAGUGGUUUGCCCACCAGUUGCAGUGUCGAUGGGCCGGAAGAGGCUGCAAGAGUUCUGGCUGAGCAGCUGCAGAUGAGUCUUGGCUCUGGCAUGGUGCUGGCCGUGCCGGUGCCUGAAAGCCUGGCUGCAGAGGGCGCGAAAGUGGAGGAGGCUACCAGGACAGCAGUGGAGGAGAGCGCUAAGUUGGACGUUCGCGGGAACGAGGUCACACCCUUCCUUUUGAAGCGCAUCAACGAGCUCACAGGGGGUGAGUCUCUUCGCUCCAACAUUGCCCUGGUCAAACACAACGCUGAGGUCGGAGCUGCAGUUGCUCUUGAGCUCGCAAGACUGCGCCGCGCAUCGCGUCUCUGA